GCCCUAUGAAAAUUUGUUUGUGUUCUAUCGCUUAAAGCUACAAUGAUGCUUCGCGUUCAGUAUUUAGUUUACUCAUUUCUUUUUGUCUUUUCUACUAUAGAUCUCUCUAUAGAUACACAGAGAAAGUGUUAGGGAAGAAUCGAAGAAUUUUCGGCUAUUUUACUAGUAAACUUCCCUAGAAACUCAAUUAUUUUGUCAUCAAUAACAAAUGAAAAUCGCCGAAAGAUGAACUUAAAAUGAAUAAAUCUUUAGAUAAACAAGAUGUGGGUACAGAGGUAGGAUACAUAUCAUCGCAUGGUAUGAGAAUUGUACAGAACAGACCGUCAGUGAAAGAGAGUGUUUGAUUGUGUACUGGGAAACUUUUGUUUCGGUCGAUCAACGGUAUUUCAUGUCCAAAAAGUAAUUGGAUUAGUAGAGCUGGUGAUGGAAAACUUUGUAACAGACGAAAAUAGGGUCCAUUAUUCAGAAUUUCAAUAUUGUAAGUUUUCUCUCUAGAUAGACCAAGAAAGUCAGAAAAGCGUCCGGUAAAGCGGAAAGCGACUUUGUGUCAUUCAAGCAGUUGUUCAAAAAUUUAGCUUUUGUGUGUUGUUUUUUACGAUUUGAUGAAAAAUAAACAAGAUAUAUCAUAUAUACAUCGUGCUCUAUUCGAGAAUGUGGUGCACUUUUUAUGUUGAAAAAUUCACACGUAGGGAAAUACAUAAACUUCGAGUGCUCCGAAACUAGUCGAUUUUUCUCAGAAAUCUAUAAUAUUUUUCAUGCUAGUUCAUGGAAAUGUGCUUUAUGUAGGGAUAAAUAGCUCCUAUUUAUGUGAAAUCUAUUCCUUUAUUGUUGAAUAUAUAUGAAAAGACGAGACAUAAACCACCGUACAAAACACCAAAGAACUAUUUUCGUCUGUUACGACGAUCUCUUUUGGCUCUAUGAAAGACUGAUAGCAUAUUUUCAAGAAACCAAUUACACAUUACACAACUAAUUACAUUUUUUGAUAGCCCAAGAAUUUCUCUAGACUUUUUAUGUGAAUAAUAACCUUGACGCAUCUCUAUUUUCAGAGUAAAAAAGAGUUUUUCUGUCUACAUAAUCGUCUAAGCUUUGUCUGAAUGAAAAUCUGAAACUCAUUGACACCGAAAAAGAAAAAUUCAGACCAAAAUUCAUCUAAGCUAUGCUACUAUAUAAAGUGACGAUGUAGACUCGACUGUUCAUAUUAAUACUAAUAAUAAUAAACGUCAGUACUUGUUCAAAAAAAAAUCCGUGUGAAGAUGAUGUCUGUAUUAUUGUUAUUCACAUUACUAAUACAUCUACUGGUUCCGGUACUCUGUCAAUGUAAGUAGAAAUCGCAGUGCACAGAGAAGACUUUAUUAAUAGAUUUCUAAGGAAAACGUUUAAGCUCUGUUAUGUAAAUUGUAGUUUAACGACUUUAUUCUUAAGUUUGUGUUUCUAUGUGCUUAGAUUCGUGUACGGAUACACCGGGCUGGACAACCAGUGGAAAUCCUGCAUUAGGAGAAGAUUGUUCAAGUUAUGUCCGGUUACUGUGGUGCAAAGAUGGAGAAGUUCUUGAUAAAAGCACAGUUGGAGAUCAAUACAAGAAUCCAGAAAUUAAUUGUUGUGCUUGUGGAAAAGCAGGAGACACAAGUGAUAGUCCAAGUUAG